AUGUCCGUAACUAUCCGCGCCGAGAUCGUUGAUCUGGAUAGAUUAAUUCCCCGAGCUGUUGACGCUGAACACGCUGAUGUGGCCGCACUCAUCCCUUGGGUGUUCUGGAACGCCGAUGUUGCGCCAAGGGACUGCGCUGAUGAUUGGUCAGGAGAGGAUUGGCAAUUCAGGCACUUCUUUUACUCUCUCGAAGGCUAUACAUAUGACUUUAACGAAGAGAGCACGCCCAACACGGGAAUUACAGCUGCCUUGAAAGCAAACGAAACAAUCAUUCUACCUAGAAAGAGCUGGAAGGUGCCUGCACAAGAAUAUCUCCGGGGUCCUAUACAAUCGCAAGGGAUGAUGUUAUAUUCCCUGAUAAAUAUGAUUUACAUGAAACUCGAGGGUAUUUGUGAGCACGGUCCGAAGGUUCGCCUUGAAUUGCCAACGGUACAGAAGUAUGUGAUUGGUGGCAAGCGAUUUGCCUCUAAAACAGCAGGUGCGGCGACAGUAAUGCUCAAAGACAGUUUCAUACCAAUCAUCUCGUUUACUGGAUGGUUUGAGGGGCAAACUUGGGAUCAAUUUCUCAUGGAAACCCUGAGCAUAAUGCUUGGACAUCUCGCUAGAAACCUGCCCCGUAGUGGUGAGCUCCAGGAUCAGGAGGUUUAUACAGUGGGGUUUCACGGGUCCUAUCUCCAUAUCGGCCAUGGGCUUUUCCCGGCCGACACGAUCAAGAGAGUGCAUAUAAAGGGGUUUUCUUCGGAAGAGGUGUUUGAUAUGAGAUUUUCUCGGAGUUACAAUUUAUACCUCAAGAAAGACUGGCUGGAGGCAAUGCGCGCUCUAUCACGGCUUUUUCGGUACCUCCUGAGUGGGGAAGCAAAAGUCAGUGUGAUACAGGCCUAUCGUCGAGGGGAGAAUGAUACUGAGGCAAGCAAUCUCGAGACUUGA